AUGAACGAUUCUGAACCAUCGACUGAGACGUUUACACCCAUUCAAUACGAGCCUGAUAAUCCCGCCAGUAUUACACGGCGGGGGACACCUGUUCAAGCAGGCUCCUCCCGAUACAGUCCAUAUGCAUGUAGCACCACGAGCUCAAAACCCUCCACGUCGUUGGCAUCGGCCAGCAUGAUGGGCGAUGCCGAGGGUCCUCAAUGUCCUCUAAAGGUCCCCCAACCUAGCAUGAAGGACUAUGACGCAACACAAACACUGGCUGUCCAUUGGGCACAAAAGCGCCUCAUUAUGGACAGUGUAUUCGAGGGUUGGAUCAGAAACACCAAAGAUGAGAAGGCCAACAUGGACACCCGCGUCACUGAGAUCAUCUCUCAGGCUAAUAUAAAAUUCAAUUGUAUGUUGCUACCCAGCAAAUAUCUCAAAGACUGUAUAAUCGAUGCCUUAAUCAAGAAUCGCAGAGCGCUCGUGAAAAAAGCUGAAAAAUUUGUGCAUUUAUACAACCUCGAACCACCGCCACAGAUGUCCGGUGAGGACCGCAAGUCUUAUAUGAAUCAACGAAGGGCAGAACUCUACGAUCCAACACAGCCCUUCGGAUACUAUCUACACGGCAAACAGGAAACUCCGACAUCUACCGACGUGCUUGUGUUCGCACAUCCAGCUGUCCAAGGUGUUCAUAUGGCACACUGGUAUGAAAGCAAGAAAUCCCCGCUUUGUGACAGAGAGAUGAGGUCAUUGAUGUCGACCACGACCAUUCACAUGCUCUCAGGGUCAGCAACAGCAAUCAGGUAUGUCAUUGAUCGGCAUGCCGAUGAUCAACCCUCCGCAUCGAAGAACACGCUGCAGUACUCUACCGAGUUGUAUUCGGGCGAGCAGGACUUGAUUACGAAUGCGAUGGCGUAUACCCUUCAGACAGAUAUACAUCGUGAGCCAUUCGAGAGGCGUUUACUGGGUCUUCAUCACAAUGGGCUUCAGGCCCUGCACAAGAUGCUGAAAAUUCCGCCUCCUCAGAUUCCAAUCUACGUACCUGUGACGACGGGGGAGUUAAGCAUACCACGCCCAAUUUCCAUUUUGUCACCGCUCGUGCAAAUGAGUGAUCGAGUGCCCUCGAUGACAGUGCAACCGCAGAUGACAGUGCAACCGCAGAUGACGGAGUUAACACAGACUCUGGACUUAGAUGACUUCAAUUUCAGUUCAUGGUUGUCUGACUUGUCGGAGGAGCAGCCCACGGCCUCUGGGUCAAGGUUGAUCGAAGGGUCUUUCAAUAUAUAG